AAAACCACGUGGGUGCUCAAAGUCCUUGGGUCAGAGUCUUCCAUGAUUCCACGUGUCGUUAAUGCACCAAACAAGGGUACUUUCGGUAUUUUGGCUUCCGCAAAUUAGACAAAACAGCUUUUUGUUUGAUUGAUUUUUCUCUUCUCUUUUUCCAUCUAAAUUCUCUUUGGGCUCUUAAUUUCUUUUUGAGUGUUCGUUCGAGAUUUGUCGGAGAUUUUUUCGGUAAAUGUUGAAAUUUUGUGGGAUUUUUUUUUAUUUCUUUAUUAAACUUUUUUUUAUUGAAUUUAUAAAAAGGGAAGGUCGUCAUUAAUCGAAGAAAUGGAAUCUUCCAAAAUUUGAUAUUUUGCUGUUUUCUUGGGAUUUGAAUUGCUCUUUAUCAUCAAGAAUCUGUUAAAAUUUCUAAUCUAAAAUCUAAGUUGAGAAAAAGAGAGAUCUCUAAUUUAACCGGAAUUAAUAUUCUCCGACCGAAGUUAUUAUGUUGCAGGCUCAUGUCGAAGAAACAGAGAUUGUCUGAAGAAGAUGGAGAGGUAGAGAUUGAGUUAGACUUAGGUCUAUCUCUAAAUGGAAGAUUUGGUGUUGACCCACUUGCGAAAACAAGGCUUAUGAGGUCUACGUCGGUUCUUGAUUUGGUGGUCAACGAUAGGUCAGGGCUGAGUAGGACUUGUUCGUUACCCGUGGAGACGGAGGAAGAGUGGAGGAAGAGGAAGGAGUUGCAGAGUUUGAGGAGGCUUGAGGCUAAGAGAAAGAGAUCAGAGAAGCAGAGGAAACAUAAAGCUUGUGGUGGUGAAGAGAAGGUUGUGGAAGAAGGAUCUAUUGGUUCUUCUGGUAGUGGUUCCUCUGGUUUGUCUGAAGUUGAUACUCUUCUUCCUCCUGUUCAAGCAACAACGAACAAGUCCGUGGAAACAAGCCCUUCAAGUGCCCAAUCUCAGCCCGAGAAUUUGGGCAAAGAAGCGAGCCAAAACAUUAUAGAGGACAUGCCAUUCGUGUCAACAACAGGCGAUGGACCGAACGGGAAAAAGAUUAAUGGGUUUCUGUAUCGGUACCGCAAAGGUGAGGAGGUGAGGAUUGUCUGUGUGUGUCAUGGAAGCUUCCUCUCACCGGCAGAAUUCGUUAAGCAUGCUGGUGGUGGUGACGUUGCACAUCCCUUAAAGCACAUCGUUGUAAAUCCAUCUCCCUUCUUGUGACCCUUUGGGUCUCUUUUGAGGGGUUUGUUGUAUCGGAACCAUGUUACAAAUCCUCAUUAUCUCCGAGGUGUAUAAACAUAAAUUUAUCGAACUCGCAAUUUUCAGAUUUUGUACUUAAAAGAAUGGUUUCAUUCGUUGAGAUUAAUUUUAGACCUUUUUCUUGUACAAUGUUUAGUCUUUGAGAUAAUAUACCGGCUUGUCU